AAGAACAUAACAGACAACGAGUGUAUUAUUUGUGGAAAUCCUUACAAAACAUCAGAUGAUCAAGACUCAGAAAAUAACUCUUUUUGCAAUUGUACUAGCAUGGUUUCCUGUGAGAACUGUAAACAAGACACAGAAGAGAGAAGAUUGGUUACAGGCUUGGUUAACCCUUCUUAUAUGUGUUUAGAACAUUCAAUGUAUCGAACAUACCAAGAAAAGCUGUUACAUUACAAGAACUGGUGUAUCGUGUGGACCACUAUUAUGAUUAUCCCACUAAGCUUGCUUUGUUAUGCUGCCAACCUAAACCUGUCUUGGGCUUAUCUCUUCAUGGGCAUCCUCAUCAGUUCAACAGUGAUCCCAAUCGCUUUGUCUGUCUUGUGGUCCCGGAUGAAUGAUAAAGGGAUGAUGGUGGGGGCCAUAGCAGGAUGUAUAUCUGGUUUGGCUUCUUGGCUUGGCACUGCCUCUACCUACCCUGGAGGUCUGAGCGACUUUUUAUCGAAUACGGGUAGGGAAGUUCCAAUGUUGGUGGGGAACUUGGUGUCCAUUGGAAUGGGUGGUGUUCUUAGCGUCUUGGUUUCUCUAGCUACAAACUCGUCAUCUGCCAGGGAAGAAGAAAAUCAUGACUGGGAGAAGACAAGAAAUAUCGAUAAUCCUUUAAACCCAUGGACUAAUGUGUAUCAAAAAGAAUUUAAAAUUCCAGACACUCGAUUGUAUCAAAAUCGUCCUUCGCUAGAAACUGUUGUAAAGGCUUUCAGAAACGCCAGGAUCAUUGCUUAUGUUGCUGGAGGAGGCCUAGCUGUUCUCCUUCUUAUCAUUUGGCCAGUAGCAGUUGCAGCUGUUAAAGUACUGAACUCAUAUGGGUUUUUCAUCUGGACAACCAUCUCCCGUGGGUGGACAUUCGUUGCUGCUGGCUUCAUCAUAAUUGUUCCAUUUGUCCAAGAAGCAGUGGCUAUUCUCAAAAGACACCAGCGAAACAAGAAGAUGGAAAAGGAAAAUAACAUCAACAAUAAAAAUCUCAGUGGAUCUGUUCUAUUGAGUAACACUUAUUGUUAAAUUAAAAACCUUUUAUCACAUCUAGUAACCUCAGUAAAGAAAUAAUUGAAUUAUGAAAAUAAGAUCUUGACGUUACAAUAGCAUAUUUUUAAAAAAUGAUAAAAAUCCUAUAACCCGAGCGCUUUGUAUCAAAACUUCUUGAACCUAUGUGUUUUCUGACAUCAUGAAUAGCUUAUUUUAGUGGGAGUUACACCGCGCAUGCCUAGCUUUAGAGGGUAGGCGAGUCAUAUAGGCAACUGCCUAGAACAGCAAAAUCAAUAAUUGCUUUCAUACCCCCUUUAUUUGAAUCGACUAUCUCGCGUUCGCUUUACAUACUGUAACUUGUAUUAUUGGCCUGGAAACUGCGUUCAUGCACACAGAUACUGUAAAAUAAUCAACAUAGAUAUAAAACAAGCAUCUAAUAAAUCCAAGAAACUAGAUCUUGAAGAAGUACUCCAAACAUCUACAACUUAAAAACAAACAAACGAGAACACUCAAAUUCUUCUAAAUCUAAAUAGUAAAAAGUAAGACACAGACAUGACUGCUAAAGUAAAAGUUAACCCAGAAAUUGGAACGUUUUGAUCGUGUUAUAUUAUUUACAAAUAUCGAUAUGUUUAUCAGCAAUAAUAAUGUAAGGGUUUCCGUGACACUUUCUUAAUUCUGGCCUGUAGGUGACAUGGUUUGUAAUAAUAAUGUAAGGGUUUCCGUGACACUUUCUUAAUUCUGGCCUGUAGGUGACAUGGUUUGUAAUAAUAAUGUAAGGGUUUCCGUGACACUUUCUUAAUUCUGGCCUGUAGGUGACAUGGUUUGUAAAGCCGACUUUCAUAAUGCUAUAAGUUUAAAAUCCAUCUGUUUAAAGAUGGUGAAAUAUUUCCAAUAUUUUCAAAUAUGUUUUACUUUGAUGAAGGCUGCUAAUGUCCAUACUGUUCUUUAUUUAGAUACGUAUUGAAUUAUUAACAUAUUUUUGGUGUUUUAGCUGUAUACGAUUUUCGUUAGUAUAUGUAUAUGAAUAAUUGCUCAAUGUGGUCAACUUUCCUGGAUUUUACUAACGUAAUUAAGUGGAAACUUGUUUAAAAACGACCUUUCGGUUUCUUAUCCAAAGUGCUCCCUGUGAAUUAUGGUUAGCCAAAUAAAUCUUCUUUUAAACUUUCA